AUGGCUCUGCACUACUCUGUGGCCACGGGCCUCAACAAGGGCCACAAGGUGACUAAGAACAUGAACAAACCUAGGCAAAGAAGAUGCUGCAGGCACCUUAUCAAGCACAUCAAGUUUAUGCGGGACAGGAUAUGAGAGGUAUGUGGCUUCACCCCAUAGCAGCAUGCAAUGGAGCUGCUCAAUGUCUCCAAGGACAAGCACACCUUCAAGUUCAUCAAGAAAAGGAUGGGGCUACAUAUUCAGGUCAAGAGGAAGAGAAAGGAGCUGAGCAAUGUCCUGGAAGCCAUGAGGAAAGCAGCAGCCAAGAAGGACUGAACCCUUCUCCCAUGUAUGUAAUAAAGCCUUUUUGGAACUUUGGGAAA